GCAGAAAUGAAUGAAAGUGUCGCCUUGAACGAAACGGGGGCCCCUGUCCCUUGGAUUCAAACCAGCAGCCACAACACUUCCCUGGAGCUUUCCUCCAAGCUCCCGGUCUUUAUCAUUAACCCUUGGGAUAUUAUGCUCUGCAUCUCUGGGACCAUCAUCGCCUGUGAAAAUGCCAUUGUGGUGGCCAUUAUAUUCUAUACUCCCAAUCUUAGAACCCCAAUGUUUGUGCUGAUUGGGAGCUUGGCCACCGCAGACCUACUAGCCGGAGUUGGCCUCAUCCUCAAUUUUGUUUUCCAGUAUGUGAUCCAGUCAGAAACCAUCAGCCUUAUUACAGUUGGCUUCCUAGUUGCCUCUUUUACUGCUUCUGUGAGUAGCUUGUUAGCUAUCACAGUUGACCGUUACCUUUCCCUAUACAAUGCACUGACUUACUAUUCGGAGAAGACUGUGCUCUGUAUUCAUAUGAUGCUGAUCAUCACCUGGGGGGUUUCCCUCUGCUUAGGACUGCUGCCUGUCUUAGGCUGGAAUUGUCUAGAAGAUUAUUCAUUGUGCAGCAUUGUCAGACCUUUGACCAAAAGUAAUGUGACUUUGCUCUCUGCCUCUUUCUUUUUCAUCUUUAUCCUCAUGCUCCACCUGUACAUUAAAAUCUGCAAAAUAGUUUGCAGGCAUGCACACCAGAUAGCACUCCAGCAGCAUUUCCUGACUGCAUCUCACUACGUUGCAACCAAAAAAGGAGUCUCUACACUUGCUAUAAUCCUUGGGACCUUUGGAGCCAGUUGGUUACCUUUUGCUAUCUACUGUGUAGUUGGAGAUUCUAACUACCCUGCUGUGUACACUUAUGCCACACUUCUACCUGCUACCUACAACUCCAUGAUCAAUCCUAUAAUAUAUGCCUACAGAAACCAAGAAAUUCAGAGAUCCAUGUGGGUUCUCUUUUGUGGCUGCUUUCAGUCAAAAGUGUCCUUUCGUUCAAGAUCCCCCAGUGAUGUCUAA